AUGCUCAUCAUCCUAUCUGAACAUGGCAAUUGGCAAACAAAGAGAAAGAUAGAAAAGCAAGCAAGCAAGCAAGAAACUACCAAGCAAAGCCAACCACAAACAUUUGCGAAACUGAAACAUCACUAUUCACUCACUCACACAAAUUUGCCGCUUCAAAUAUUCUUCCAACAGACACAGAAGCCUCCAAAUCCCAUUCCCACCCGCCUCUUCACUCCAAACUCAAAAUUCAAAACAAAUCAAAUUUCGGCAUUUGCCUCCUUUGCUUGCUAGUUGCUGCUACUUUUAUAGUAGUAGUAGUAGUAGUAGUAGUAGUAAUAGUAGUAGUUGCUUCUCCAAAUUUUUCAACUUCCCCGCCAAGCUUUCGCCGCAUUUAAAUCCCCCGCCCCGCCCCCAACCCCAAAACAAUUCUGUAUAAAUCUCUUUCACGUCUUCUCGAAUUUGUCCGUGAAUUCAUCGGAAAAAAUGCCGUCGAUUCCGCAGGAGCCUCUUCUCGCCCCAAAUCCAGAUCGCUUCUGCAUGUUCCCCAUCCAGUAUCCCCGAAUUUGGGAGAUGUACAAGAAGGCGGAGGCCUCGUUCUGGACGGCCGAGGAAGUCGACCUCUCCCAGGACCUCCGCCACUGGGACGAAACCCUAACCGCCGACGAGAAGCACUUCAUCACCCACGUCCUCGCCUUCUUCGCCGCCUCCGACGGCAUCGUUCUCGAGAACCUUGCCGGCCGCUUCAUGAAGGAGGUUCAGGUCGCCGAGGCCCGAGCCUUCUACGGCUUCCAGAUCGCGAUCGAGAACAUCCACUCGGAGAUGUACAGCCUCCUCCUGGAAACCUACAUCAAGGACCCCACGGAGAAGCACCGCCUCUUCCGCGCCAUCGAGACCAUCCCUUGCGUCGAGAAGAAGGCCAAUUGGGCGCUGAAAUGGGUUGACGGAUCCGAGUCCUUCGCCGAGCGGCUCGUCGCCUUCGCCUGCGUCGAAGGGAUCUUCUUCUCCGGCAGCUUCUGCGCCAUCUUCUGGCUCAAGAAGCGGGGCCUGAUGCCGGGGCUGACCUUCUCGAACGAACUGAUCUCGAGAGACGAGGGUCUGCACUGCGACUUCGCCUGCUUGCUAUACGAGUUGCUGAGUCAGAGGCCGAGCGAGGAGCGAGUGAGGGGGAUCGUGGGGGAGGCGGUGGAGAUAGAGAGGGAGUUCGUGUGCGACGCGCUGCCGUGCGCGCUGGUGGGGAUGAACGGUGAUCUGAUGAGGCAGUACAUCGAUUUCGUGGCGGAUCGGCUGAUGGGGGCAUUGGGGUACGGCAAGAUUUACGAUGCUCGGAACCCGUUUGAUUGGAUGGAGCUCAUCAGCUUGAAGGGUAAAACCAAUUUCUUCGAGAAGAGGGUUGGGGAGUAUCAGAAGGCUUCUGUCAUGUCCAGCUUGAAUGGCAAUGGUGGUGGGGCCCACGUCUUCAAGCUUGAUGAAGAUUUUUAGAUUUAUAAUUUGUUUUUAAAUUUUUGAAUCUCUUUUUCUCUUGAUUGUUUUAAUUGAGAAAGGUAAAAGUAAAAGGAAUAGCUUUCUUCUAAUUGUAGGGUUUGACCUUGAUGUUUUGUAAAUUGUAAUUAUUAAUAUUAUGAUGAAUAUUUGUGUUUU